CAAUUUGUCAUCUCACCCUGAGUGUACCAAAGCUGACUAAAGCCAUCGCAUGUCUUGCAUCUCUCUGUGCAGUUCCUCUUGGUUAUCACUCAACGUUAGCUUCCCGAGUUUCCCAAACGAUGUUCAUGGUUGCUGAUGCUGCGAGAGCUUAAAGCCAGCGGACUUGGUAUAAGUUCCUAAUACAGACGGUUUUAAAUCUGAACAUCGUGAAAGCUCCGAAAGUAUCUUGCUUGACUUGUCAGCGGACCAUGGCAGAGCCAGAAUUGUUGCUGGAUUCGAACAUUCGUCUUUGGGUGGUGCUACCCAUCGUCUUCAUAACUUUCCUCGUAGGAGUGAUAAGACAUUACGUUUCAAUACUACUGCAAAGCGACAAGAAACUUACAUUAGAGCAAGUCUCAGACAGUCAAGUACUUAUCAGGAGCAGAAUUUUGAGAGAGAAUGGAAAGUAUAUUCCUAAACAGUCAUACCUCAUGAGAAAGUUUUAUUUCAACAAUCAAGAAGAUGGAUUCUUUAAAAAGACCAAAAGAAAGGUUGUUCCUCCCUCUCCAAUGACUGAUCCCAGCAUGCUAACGGACAUGAUGAAAGGCAAUGUGACGAAUGUUCUGCCUAUGAUCCUCAUUGGUGGUUGGAUUAACUGGACGUUCUCUGGGUUUGUCACAACUAAGGUGCCCUUUCCUCUCACUCUGCGUUUCAAGCCAAUGCUUCAGCAGGGAAUUGAGCUCCUUUCACUGGAUGCAUCAUGGGUGAGCUCAGCGUCCUGGUAUUUCCUGAAUGUCUUUGGCCUGCGAAGCAUGUACUCAUUGAUUCUAGGACAAGACAAUGGUGCGGAUCAGUCCAGGAUCAUGCAGGAUCAGAUGAGUGGCGCUGCCAUGGCAAUGCCAGCAGACACCAACAAAGCUUUCAAGGCAGAAUGGGAGGCUCUGGAAUUAACGGACCAUCAGUGGGCCCUGGAAAAUGUUGAGGAGGACCUGAUGAGCACGGAUCUGGACUACUGUGGAAUGUUCAGCCGGGAGUUACCCACUGGAAUCUUCUAAUGGCUUUUUGGACUGCUGAAAUGCUGAUGUGAUACCCCAUUAAGAUGGACUAGUUGAAGUUGAUGGAUUGAAAAGUUGACUGGUGGACCUAUUUCACUGGCUGUCUGAUGGCAGGGGUGCCAUGUUAGAAGUUGUCAACUGCAUGCACUAUGGUCACAUUAACUAUGCUAUUACACUCCUUUGAUCAUUUUUAAUAAUAAUGCUAAACACUCUUAAUUUCUGCAGUUCAAAUCAAAAGGGGAGGUUUACAUUGCAGCUCGUUGUUACGAAUUAGGAUUAACUCUAGGAAAGCCAACCUUUAGGAAAGCCCUCAAAACAACCUUGAGGUCUUGGUUAGUUCAUUUACUUACAGCAUUUAGAUCCAUUUAGUUGUAUUUUUUAUUGAAAUGGCUGAAAGGACUAUUUCUUGUGACCACUAAAUAGAGAAAAUAUGUCUUCAGUUUUUAGGAAAUAGGAUCAUGUCAACAAAUCUUUUUUUUAAGUUUAUUCGUCCCCAUGGUGUUCCCUUUUACUAUACUAAGGCAUGUAAUGUCUCAUUGCAUUCCAACUUUUUUCAGUUGAUGGAAAAUCUGUUAGUUACCAGUUUAACAAGCAUCCUCCAUAUUUCUUCUGUUUUGUGUGAGUAAUGUUCAUUUGGUAUUGUUUCUGUACUAUUUAUUUCACUUCAUUUGUUUUGUAACAUAUUUUGUAAAGAGAUUACACCACAUUAAACAUGUUUGUCUGAA